UGCUAGUUAGCAUGCCUUCUUAGCCUAAACGGAGAGCCCUCGUUUUGGCGGGCGUUUUGCGGCACGAUUUCGAAUUCGUUAUUCGGCAAAAAACGAUGUAUUUUUUUUAUUCAGUUGGCGGCAUUUCAACGUUUAAUAUCAAUGUUUUUGUCUGAAAGCGAGCGAACACUCUUUGUUGACAUGCGUCAAAAAUGUCCACGGUGACGUCAUUUCAAGAGGCCGCAACCAAUGAUGUCAUUAAAAAAAAACUCAAACUACAAUUGCUUCUCAAUCAAUUAGUAUACAUUCAGUGACUUGCGGUGAACUAUACACCAGAUGGACGGGGACGGUUCCACUACUGACGCCUCCCAGCUGGGCAUCGCUGGGGAGUACAUACCAUCCACACACUACGUGCUCCAGCAAGAUGGUGAUGACGAUGCUGACGAAGGGAUGAAUGAUCAUGAGGAAGGGGGCUCAAAGGACAACUACAGGGAGCAGGACAUCUAUCUCCCCAUCGCUAAUGUGGCUCGCAUCAUGAAGAACGCUGUCCCACAAACCGGAAAGAUCGCCAAAGAUGCCAAGGAGUGCGUGCAGGAAUGCGUGAGCGAGUUCAUCAGCUUCAUCACCAGCGAGGCCAGUGAGCGCUGCCACCAGGAGAAGCGCAAGACCAUCAACGGUGAGGACAUCCUGUUUGCCAUGUCCACGCUGGGCUUCGACAUGUACGUGGAACCGCUCAAGCUCUACCUGCAGAAGUUCCGAGAGGCAAUGAAAGGGGAAAAAGGGAUGCCGGUGACGGACGGCCUUGGAGAGGAGCUCACAGACGACAGCUUCACUAACCCUCUUCCUGCAGGAAUUAUUACUGCCGAUGGCCAGCAGCAGAACGUCAUGGUGUACACCACCUCAUACCAACAGAUUCCUAACGUGCAGCAGAUCCAGUUCUCCUGACAAGUUUCUCCUCCAGCUGCAACAAGUGGCCCGUGCUCGCCAGUGAGAGGAAAGGUGGGUGGGGGUGGGGGGGUUGGGGGGGUGUAGCAUCUGCUGCACCUUGAUGUACAGACCAAUCAUGAGCUGUGUUGUAGAAAGUCUAGUUUGUAGUUUAUGGUACAAAUCAUCUCAACCAUCUUUCAUUUGAAUCGUUUUGUGCAUCAUAAUUAAUAAUGUAAUGCCUUUGCUCUUUUGGCUUACUUGUAGCCACUUUUCCCAAUUCCAUGAUGUUUGUGUGAUGCCAGCUCUUUUGUAAAUUCUCCACUUGUCAUGUGCCGACGUCAUUGGAACAAACAUGUCCACAACAGUUUUAUUUAUAGCAUUAAAAUAAUCU